CCAUCUUCUAGUUAUUUUAAGUGUAUUGACUAGGGCCGAAUAACACGUUCUUUGGGCGCCUCUCUCUUUGGGCGUCUCUCUUCCGCGUGCUGUUGCCGUGCGCCGGCGCAGCAGUCAGAAGAAGGGUCGGGGAUGAGGAGCACGCUGAAGAGCCGAGGAAAGACGAGAGCCAGAGCAAUCAGCCACUACCACCAGCAGCGCACCAAACGCACACCCGACAUCGACAUGACCUCGACCUGCCUGCCAGCCAUCCGUGCCACUCUUCCCGCUCCCAGUUUCCCAUUCCCCUCGAGAAAAGAGAGCCGUGCCCCAUGCGUGCCGUCCUCACUUAAGCCAAAGAGCCAAUCUCGUCGAUUCGAAGGCAUUGUUGCACAUGGAAUUUUCUUUCAGUGUGGGUCUUCCCUUUUGGCGCACAGUCACACAGACCUCAUUUCCUCUUUGGCGCGACAUUGCGUUACACUUACGGGCAACCACCGCAGCAACCACCACCACUGGAUCGGCAAUCGGAAUAGCACCACCCAGGCAAGCAGCCGGUGCAUGUGCAUCGUGAGAAAGUUUGCUGGAGGCAUUCCCACAAGUAUUGGGAUUGUGCCGCACUCCUGCUCUCGGCUUCUCGGCCUCGGUCAGCUGUGA